AUUCACCAGAUGGCAUCAUGAUUUGUUUACAAACAACUUAGAAAUUUGAUUAAAAAUAAAAGUUUGCAAAAUAAUGUUUAAGCUAAUGUAGAUAUCUUACAGCAUUUUUGACAAUAGUUUUUGUUACAUGUCUUCUAAAUGCUUAAAAGUGUCUAAGAAUAAAAUAAAAUCCAUGGGCGAUUUAGAAAUCAAAGAACGCAUAGAAGAAGCAAUUGCAGAAAUAACAAAUGGUUCUGAAAUACGGUUUGUGGCUCAGAAAUAUUUGGUUUGUGAACGGACAUUAAGGCGAAUGUUAAAAAUUUGGCGUGAUCAUCAAAAAAUUUCAUUCGACGAUCUUAAUCAUCCCGAAGACAAUGAGGAUGUUUAUUUUAAAGGUGAAUGGAUUGAAAACCUCGAAUCAAGAGUUGAUAGAAACAACGAUGAAAAAUCUUUAAGCCCAACAAGUACAAAUGAUAUGCUUGAUAACUUUUCUGACUUCAAAAAUUGUGAACAAAAAUGUCGUUUGUGCUUUAAUUCAUUUUUAACCCUGGAAACGAAAACAAAAGUCACACAGUCAGUCCAAAAUAAGAUAAAUUUUGUCUUUCAAAUCCAAUUGACCUCAAACGAUUUAUGCUCUAAAUUUAUAUGUUCUAAAUGCAUCAACGACUUAAAUUAUUUCUUUGACCUCAGUCGAAAUAUUAAAGAAAAACAACGAAAUUUUGAGAGUUUUUGUGGAUUGAAAAAUCAAAAGGAAAAUUAUAUUUUACAACCAAUGCCAAUUGCUGAUGUCGACAUCAAUUUGCAAGAAAUUCAAUCGGAAGAAUCCUUGCUGAUAUUUUCCAAGAACUUCAUUGAGUCAAAUUCGCGUUCCGUUCCUGAUGUUGAAACAGUCAAAAUAUCAAAAUUUUCAUCUGUUCCUGAAGAAAAAAUCGUUGAAAAUAACUUCCAUGAUUAUAAUGAUUCAGAAACUCCUACAGUAUCAGAAUCAUUCACAAUAUUGAAUAAAUCAUUUCAUGAAAAUGACAAGCAAAUCAAGGACUCAAAACCAAAAGAGAAAUCAGACGCUUUGUGCGAUGUUUGUGGCAUAAAAUUCCAUUUCGAGAAGAGUAUGAAAACUCAUCAAAGGAGAGUUCAUUUAAAAAUGAGGCCACACCAAUGUGACAUUUGCGGUCGACAUUUUUUCGUGAAAAAUCUUAUUGCUAAACACAUGCUGACUCAUGUGUCCAAAACAAUUCGAUAUAAAGGCGAUUGUGAUAUUUGCAUGAAUCUUCGUGGUGAUAGAAACAUUGUUAGGAGAUUGCAAAGAGUUUCUCAUCCAAAUGAAGGAUAUUUAAUAAACUGUGGGAAGCUUUGUAAUCAUCAUCAAAGAAACAAAAGAAAAUGCAAAAUUUGUGGCAAUUUUUUCCACAACAAAGAUUCAUUAAAAGCUCAUAUGAUCAUCAAGCACAAUGAGAAGUCACUGGGGGACUUUCGUUGUGAUGAAUGUCCGCGACACUUCUUUAUUCGAUCAUAUUUGAAUCGUCACAAAAAAGUUCAUUUAUUGGAGAAGAACAUCGAUUGUGAAUUUCCUGGAUGUGAAAAGAAGUUCAAAACCAUGAGAAAUAUGAAGUCGCACAAAAAGAUUCACUUACCAGAACAACAACUUCAGUGUCCAUACCGGAAUUGUAAUAAAAGUUAUUCGACAUUUCUGCAUGUAAAACGACAUAUUUCUGUGUUCCAUGAUAAAGUUUGUGACUUGUGUCCAGUAGGUAAUGGCUGCAAAUAUUCAGUGGGAAGGAAAGCUUAUAUGAAAAACCACUUGAUGACGAAGCAUGCAGAACUCUCUCCUGAAGAUUUAGAAAAUUAUGUCAAAAUGUUGCCAAGUAUGAAUCUUGUUCACUAGUUCAAGCUGAAUUGGAUCGUGUUGAUUCAAUUAAAAUUCAUAAAGCAACUGUUGAAUGAAAAUCUUUAAAUAGAAUUUAAUGUUGAAAUAUUCUGUGGAUUUAUUUUGUAAUAAAUAAAUAAUUAAGUAGUAAUUAAGUAAUAAAUAUUUAAUAAAUUAAUCUUGUUCAUCGG